AUGGGAAUAGUUCACAAGCUCAUAACUUCAGUCUCCGGCUUGUACAAUAACAUCAAUCCAAUAACAUUGAGUGGAGUUAACGAUGUUAUCGUCGUUGAAGACAAGGAUGGAAAUCUGAGGUGUACUGAAUUUCAACUUCGGUUUGGAAGGCUUUACUUCUACGGUAUCAAUAACCAGACAGUUCACCUGUUUGUCAAUGGAAAGAUGUGCGACAUCACAAUGUCUAUAACAAGCCAAGGAGAGCUAUUUUUUGAAAAGGACACGGAGGACGACCUUGGAAUCGAUUACGAUGUAAUACUCGAGUACAACAACAAACUCUCCGCGAUGUUCGACUCUGACGACGAGCUGAUCCUGAACAAGAGGCUUGAGCAGCUUUCGUUGGGAAGCGGCUCUGACCUCAGCACACUGAAUUUCGACAUUGUAAUGAAAUGUAAGGAAAAGAAUCUAGACAUCGGGUUCAGAAAGUAUCUAAGAAACAAGAGAACAGAGAAUCUCAGGAAGAGAAUGUAUGGCCAGGUUCUGCGGCAGAGAGGGCACAAAGACUCAUACCACGACUUUGAAAAGAAGUUUGUCAAGUUUGGAAGCCUGAUCAACUCCACCGAGCACUUCGACUUUUUGAUAGGAAGAUAUCGCUCUGUCCUCCAUCUUAUCACUGGAUUGCAUCUGCACCCGCCAUUUAAUAACAAGGUGUGCGACGGAAAUAACAAGGGGUGCACAGGAGCAAGUAUAUCGUUUUCUCUCUGCUACAACAAAAAGAUACAGGAGUCCCUUGACCAUACGUUCAACUCCUUUCUGGUCCAGGAAAUAAGAAACACAGAAGGCCUUGUUGUGAGGGUCCAGGGAUGCAAGAGCUGUAACUUCCGCUUCUAUCUGCCAUACGACAUAUUCUGCAGAAUCUUCUUCGAAGUGCAGGGAUCUCGAAUCAAUAAGGCGAAGAAGAUCAUGAAGAUUCUUGAGAACGAGCACAAUAGGCUCCUAGGAUGGAACAUAUUUGGAACAAAGAAGAUCAUCAAGAGGGAUGUGUCUUUCUCGCUGAAGCUGAACUCUGAGGAGCUAAGAAUGCUCAACCUGAAGGAGGGGAAGAACCAGGUGGUUUUCAAGAUUAGCGGGUUGAACAAGCAGCUCGAGGGGAGCAUCUAUCUGUGGAGAAGCAAUGCAAAGAUAAUUGUUUCAGACAUUGAUGGCACAAUAACCAAAAGCGACGUAUGGGGCCAUCUCUACGGAAUGAUGGGAAAAGACUGGACCCACCAUGGUGUGGCUUCGCUAUACACAAAAAUAGUCAGGAAUGGAUACAAAAUAGUUUACCUGACAGCAAGGCCCUUGGGACAGUCGUUCUCGACAAAGUCGUAUCUCAAAAACGUGUGCCAGGACGGGUAUAAGCUUCCAGAUGGCCCUGUGAUCCUGUCACCGGAUGGAGUGUUUGCAGCAUUAUACAGGGAACUGAUAAUAAGAAGGCCGGAGGACUUCAAGAUAGCAUAUCUAAAAACAAUUCAGGAGCUCUUUGGCGACACAAACCCAUUUGUUGCAGGAUUUGGAAACAAAAUCACUGACGUGAUAACCUACAAGGCACUGGAAGUUCCGCUGUCAAGGAUUUUCACGAUCAACCACAAAGGCGAGCUAUAUGUCGAGCUGGUAAAGACACUAUCCGGAACAUACAGGACAAUGAACGACUUCGUAGAUAGCAUGUUUCCAUACCUGUCUCCCAAGACAAUACCAUUCAUAGAUCAUUCAUUCAGCGACUUUUCCUGGUGGAGCAUCCAGAAUGCAUCCCAUGUAUAG